AGUAUCAGACGGUGUCCCACGGGACACAGCAAACCGUGGAAUAGAGAACCUCUUAAUUUAGCCGCAUGCUCGCCAAAUGCUGCACCAGGCCAUUCUCAUCAAGACAACCGUGGCUUGUGCAGGGCUGACAUGUGGGCAACUUAUUUUGUUGUGCCGCUGUUUGUGGCGAAGGUUUAUUUUUUCCUUCCCUUGGUUUGAGUCAAGCAAGGCAUCGACGUUGUGUGUUUAAAGCCUGGCCCGUGCUGCCUGAUUAUCAUGAUGGUUUUAAAAGUCCCCAGGUCUUGCGGUACAGUAUGUGUGGCUUAAUCCCACCACGUGUGAUGCAAGCGCUGCCACCAAUUAACUGUCGUUUAAGUAUUUUUUUCUCCUGCCGUUGUGUAAUGGUUGGCACGCUCGACUUGCAAUCCAGAGGUCGCCGGCGUGAUUUGGUUUCCCGGUGCGGCAGUUGAAAUCAUGGGCAGGUUUUUUAAAUCCACCUCCGUCUCUGCCCACCUAUCGGUAGCAGUUUAACUAUAUCGAUAGGUCUCAUGCGUUGGGCUUGCUGGAGGCACUUUCGCCAGCAUUGGAGUGAGCAAUAAAUUGCAGGGCCUUGACCUCUUUUAAGUCUUUAUCUUUAAAAAAACAAGAUUGUGUACUUGUAUGUUGUCAACAACAACAGCAAGAAGCAUUGAUAAGGGGACUAUUUGUUUUAUUUUAUACCUACGUGACUUUACCGAAAGAACCAAAGAGUGGAUCCCUGCGGUCACGAAAACUUCAAAUCUAGAUUGGACUAUUUACUGUGCCUCAUUACUCUUGAGUGAUUUCUGUGACUUUCACGGUCCAUUCUCGGCUGUGCUUACUUGUAACAUUUCUGAUGAAUGGUAUUGAAGGUUCACUCACGAGUGGUCCCGUGGGUUUUGUGUACAGUUGUAAUUCGAAUUGACGGUGAUGUUUUCAAAUAGUUUUGUCUUGCCCGAUUAGAUAAUUGAAUAUAUUAAGGCAGAUUAGCGUGAUACACACAGUGAAUCGUGGCAACGGUUGCUCAUUACAAAUACGAUUCUCAAAGCAUUGCUCUGGGGAGUUGCAAGAAGGAAGAAAACCGGGGGUUGAAAGUUCAGUGGAGAGGUCAACGAGAGGCCAGAUCAGACACUGAUUGAUUGCGCUUGGCUCCUAUUGGCUCGCCUGACUGGAGGUGGUGCCCCCAUUGGUUCGCGCCCAUAUUUGUGGGAGUGGCGUCGAGCGGAGAGGGCUUUGUGGGGAGCGGUGUGUUCGGCAGCAGCGGCGUACAAACAUACGACGAGAGGCAGAGGACGUUAAUGUUUGAGCCUUUGCCAUGACGCGUGGGCCUUCCUGACGUCACGCUGCUACUUCGUUUUUUUAUUCAGCGUGUGGGCUGGCGAAGCGUAGAUCAAACUUCGGCCGGAGUUGUUUUCAAGCGACCUGCCGCCGUCAUUUUUCUCCCCCUCCCUUCUCUCUCGUUGGCUCUCUGGAGAGCGAGCAAACGAGCCCGUUGUGCGUUCUGCCGAAUGGCGCUAUCCCGCGGUCUCACCUGUCAUAUCCUGGGAGCUGCGCAGAAGACCGUCUUGAUUAAUGAGACCGUAUGAUUAGGCAACAGCAGGAGGACGCGUCCUUGAAAUUUGCAAACCAACCACGGGGUUCUUUUUUUUGUUUGGGGGGAAAAAAAAGAAAAUUGAAUUUUGUGGAAUAAGCAAUUAUGUUAAUGAAGCUGCAGGGUCUCGGAGAGUUCAGUGCACAGUGACAGCAUGAGGGAUUUCAUGGAACUUUCUUUUUAGCGCUGGCCCUCCGCGGGCAGAUGUUUAACCCAGAUUGGCAUGAAGUGGUCUGAUGUGAUUCCUGAGUCAAGAUCCCUGCUGCUGUCUAUGGUGGUGAGCACCGCGGAGACAUGAGUGGCCUCGGGGACGGCUCGUCGGAGCCUCCCACUGGGGAUUCGCGCAAACGCAAAGGCUCCUCGUCCUCGCCGCAAGAGCACAUGCUGGGAUGGCCCGCGGAAAAGCGUCGACGCGAGCAGACGAGCCGCUACAUCGAGGAGCUCGCAGAGCUCAUCUCGGCCAACAUGGGUGACAUCGACGGGCUGGGAGUGAAGCCGGACUCGUGCGCCGUCCUGCGCGAGACCGUCAGCCAGAUCCGGCAAAUCAAGCAACGCGAGCAAGAGAAAAAUGCUGCCUUCCACGGUGACGUCCAGCAGUCUGACGUGUCCUCCAGUGGCCAGAGCGUCAUUGAAAAGGAGGCCCUGGGUCCUCUGCUCCUUAAGGCACUGGACGCCUUCUUUUUCGUGGUGGAUCCGGAGGGGCUGAUCGCCUUCGUGUCGGAGAACGUUCAGAACUACCUGGGCUUCACCCAGGAGGAGCUGAUGAACAAGGUGGUCUUCAACGUCCUCCACGUGGGCGACCAUGCGGAGUUUGUGCGCUCCCUGCCUAAGUCUCAAGCGAACGGGGUGCCCUGGCCGUGCGACUCGGUCUCGCGCCGCAGCAGCCGCACGUUCAACUGCCGCAUGAUGGUGCGGCCAUGCGCCAGCGUCGCUGGGGCCGCCGGCUCCGAGAGCCACUACGAGAUGAUGCAGUGCUUCGCCGUGUCCCAGCCGCACGCCAUGCAGGAGGAGGGAGAGGAGCUGCAGUCGUGCCUGAUCUGCGUGGCGCGUCGAGCGCCGGCUCCAGAGCGUCCUUUCGAACAGUUCUACACCAGACAGGACAUGAGCGGCAAGAUAGUGGCCAUCGACAUGACAAGCCUGCGCGCCUCGAUGCGUCCGCGCAGCGAGGACCUGGUGAGGAGGUGCAUCCAGGCGUUCCACCAGCCGCAGGAGAACGGAAUGUCGCACGCGGCCAGCCACCACCGUGAAGUCACACUCAAGGGCUGCGCCCAGAGUCCCACGUACAGGUUCCGCAUGCAGGACAGCACGGUGGUGGCCGUGCAAACCAAGAGCCGUGUCUACCAGGUGCAGGGCUCCAGCGCCGCGCAGAUCAGUUCCAUGUACACCGUCUUCAGGGGCCCGUACCUGUCAAAGCCCCCAGGUAUGGGUAUGCCGAGACCCAUGGGGGUAGGAGCGCCCCCACAGAACCUUGGCCCCACGGCAUCGGCUACCGGCAUGGCUGCCUUCAGUGGCCUUGGCGGCCCACACCAGCAUGCGGGCGAAAUGCAGGGCCACCCGGGCUGUUUGGACAACAACAGCAACAACAAGGGCGGAGUCCCUGAUCACCAGCAUCAUCAGCAGCAACAGCAGCCGCUGCCCGGCUGGCGAAUGUGUGCCGGCAAUCCCUCUGGGCCACCCGGGCCGUUCUCCACCCCGUUGGGCCAGUGCCCAGGCAACAGCUUUGGUGCGAACCUGAGCAGCCCGGCAAGAACGAGCCCCGGGGCCGUGGCGGCCUCGUGCCAGCCAGACUUUUCUCGGUCGCCGCGCUCGCAGCUGCACCAGGGCAGCCCCAAGGUGGUGCCUUUCUCUCCCACGCGCGGGGGCAACUCGACGCCAUCGCCCUGCGGGACCAGCGGCAGCUACAACAACACCAGCAGCGGAUACAGCUCUCAGAGCUCCCCCAUGGACCCCACGCCCUCGUUCGGCGUGCAAGUGCCGGGCGCGCCGGUCUCAGCGGCCGGCCAGAACAAUAACCCGACGCCCGGCCCAAACGCAUCGCCCGGCCAGAGGACGGUGUCGCCCGGCCUGGGUGCGGCGGCGUCGCAGCAAGCGGGCAGCCAGAGGUUCACGUUGCCUCCGAACGCCCAGAGGGCUCUCGUGGGCCUGCAGGGUUACCAGAUCAAGCAGGAGAGGAUUGACGAGGCAGACACCAAGGAGGCGCAGGUGUCGCAGGGCGGCAGGGAGUGCAUCCCCGACGCGCGGCUGAUGGGCGGCCGUGAUGGUGAGCAGCAAGGGGAGGACGACGCAGACAAAAACCAAACGCAGACCAAGCUCAUGCAGCUGCUGACCAUCGGUGCGGAGCAGAAUGGUCACUGCAUCGGCCAGGGCCACUUGUCGUUGGAGUCCGUUCGGAGCGGCGAUGGCCGCGUUUUGUCCGGGUCGGGCUCUGGUUCCGCGACGUCGCCUUCGUCGGCGUCCGCAAUGAACUCGGCCCACGCGGCCUCGCUCACAGAGCGACACAAAAUCCUGCACAAGCUGCUGCAGGACGGCGGCUCCCCGCCGGACCUCAGUAAGCUGACGGGCCGCCCCUGCUCCGCCUCAUCCCUGCUCACCGGCACCAGGGAGGCAGCGGGCGGCCUGAAGCAGGACGGCUCGCUGAGUCCCCAGAGGAAGCAGGAGAGAGACCACGCCCUGCUGCGCUCGCUCCUCGACAAGGAGGAGAAGGAGAUGCCCGGCAAGUUUUCGAGCCCGCUGCAUCAGCAGCAAGAUGAAUUAGGAGACGUUAAAACCAAGCAGGAGAAAGGGGAAGAUUCCGGAGACUCGUGCUGUGACCAGAAAGGGGAAAAUCCCAAGCAGUCUGUGAAGCUGGAGCCACAGAACACCAUGAAGCUGGACCACUUUGAGGGCCUGGACAGUGCGCUGCAGGGCAUGGCCUAUGCUCUGGAAGGUGGUAAAGGUGGCAAAGGAGAUUCCCGGGGUCCUGCCAAGGCACUGCUGCAAGACCUGCUGCAGCAGAAUGGCAACGAGACGAGGGACUCGAGCAGUGCCCCUCUCUCUGGUCCCCCCUCCGUCCCGUCGUCUGUGGGCCCACAGGGGCAGGCUACGCCGCCGCGGCCCCAGUUCGCCCGCAGCGUGUCGACGGGCGGCCUCGGGUGCGGCCCGAUGCAGCCCGUGGUUCCGCCGCCCUCGCACCCGGCCGCGCGGAACGGGGGCCUCUACCCGUCCGGCACGCCCCUGAGACACCCCAGCAUGGGAGGUGAAUUAUACGAACCUAUUUACGGGGUUGCAGGCAUGAUGGCCGGACCUGGGGGUGUCAUGAGGAGGAUGAGCGUGCCGGGUGGUGAGGCCUGGGGUCCCCAAACGCCGCUCGGGCCCUACCCGUCCCACAGCGGCGCCAGCAGUGUGCCCACCUUGACCUCUCGCCCGGCGCCUGGCUACAGCCCCAUGCAGGGCGGUGUCGUGGGGAGCGGCGCCCCAACACUUCCCAUGAGGCCCAGCAGUCAGUCGGGUCACAUGAUUGACGUUGGUCCUACAGACCUCGGUCUGGAGAUGGACGACCUACCGUACCGACCGCAGCAGCAGCAGCAGCAGCAACCGGAGCAGUGGGUGGAGGGCAUGAUGGGAAUGGAACAGAGCAUUAUGGGAGAUCACGGAAGCAGGCCCGGAAUGGGUCCUGGCCCGGACAGCAUGGUCUUCUCGGGGUCCAGAGCCCGUGAGACCCAAGGUGACGACCUCGUCCUCAUGGCCCAGCUGCACUCACUGUUGAGCAGCACCGACGAGCAAGAGCUCGCGGAGAUCGACCGGGCGCUCGGCAUCGACAAGCUCAUGCAGUGCGGGCCGAUGGAGCUGCAACCGCCCAUGUAUUCAGCAAACCCAGACAUGUCCGGAAUGUCCAUGGAGCACAAGCAGCAACAGCAACAGCAGCAGACGCAACAACAGCAACAGCAGCAGACAGCGGCCGCUCUCGCUGGCUACGCCCGGCAGUCGCCCUACACGGCGGACCCGAGCCACGGCGGGGUCUACUCCGGCAUGCACCCCUACAUGGAGCACCAGUUUUCGCAGGGCGGCUAUCCCGGUGGCGGGGGCGGCAGUGCGGCGCUGUGCGGGGGUGGCAUGCGCACACUGAGCCCUGCGAGACCCAUGCAUCCUCUGCAGGCGCGGCAGGCGGCCGCGAUGAGGGCAGUGAGGCCCACGGCGUCCGCCCAGUUCAACUCGGCCCAGCUGCGCUUUCAGCUCCAGCAACGACUGCAGAGCCAGCAGCAGAUGGCUCAGAACAGAGGCGCGAUGAUGGGAGGGCAGUUCUACCCGGGCCCCUCGGGCAGCCCUGCCCUGCGUGCCAGCCUGCCCCAGCACGCAUCCGCGGCAAGUCGGGUCACCCUGAAUUCACAAAUGCUGGCGCAGCGCCACAGGGAGAUGCUGAACCAGCAACUGCGGCAGCGGCAGAUGAUGCAGCAGCAGCAGCAGCAGCGAGUGGCCGCGACAGGGAUGAUGAGACCACAGCAUCAGGCCGCUUUCGCUCCCUCCCCGGGAACGCUGGGCCGGGGUGUGCCGGCGCCGCCACGCCACCCAGGCCUGGCGCCGUCUGCGGGGCAGGUGGCCAUGGGCCAGGCGGCCUACCAGCACCAGGGCCACACGUACCCCCAUCCUUACGGCAGCCCGCCCUCGCCGGGUGCGAGCAACCCGCUCGCCACGCAGGGAAUGCAUCAAGGUGUGCAAAGUGGGAUGGCUGCAAGAGGAGGAGGUAUGAUGGCAGGAGAUGGCAUGGGCCAAUAUGGGCCGGGCAUGGGACAGCAGAAUGUGUUCCAGUUUCAUUCAGAAUGUUUGAUUUGUCCAGGCAUGUCCCAGCCGUCGGACACAGGCUUUGGGAUGGCUCCUGGGCCCGGCAGCCCCCUGCUGUCCCCGCGUCUGGCCCCACAGGGCCUGCUCAUGGAGGCUCCGAGUGACAUGAAGCCUUGGGACACCAGCACGAUGACCAACAGUGAGAUGUACCAUCAGCAGUUUGGGCGACCGGGCAACCCUAGCCCCUUCGGUGGCAUGGGUCUGCCAGAGUCCAUGGGCGCAGGCGGUGGCGACGGUGGCGGCGGCGGUGGUGGCAAUGGUGCUGCACGGGUGACCGGUCCCUGCCCAAUGGGCAUGUCUGCAGAGCUGCCCUCAGAUGUGGUUGCUAGCCAGAUGAAUCUGGUAAGACAGGCGAUGAAAGUGGAGUCCCCCUGUGGCUACGAUCAGUACGGCAACAUGGCCAGUGAAGACAAGGUGACGGACUCUCCCAUGAGGCCUCCCAGCCUCCUGCCGGGCCAGCUGCCGAGCUCUGACGUGAUGCACCCAGAGACCAACACAUUACAGAAUUUCUGCUGAUCUUCCCAAGAAGUCACAAAAUGUAUUCCUUGAUUUUGACACCGACAGGUUAAACCAAUAACACCAGCAACGUAUAACUUUCAAAGACUCUUCAGCCUCAGCCAGCGGACAGAGGUCCAACGUUUAAUGAUUAAAGCCUGUUGUACAUAAUUAAAGCUUUCUUUCAAAGCACUGUAAUUUAUCUCAGCCCAGGCUACACCAGUAUUACACGAUGUCACAACGACGCGUCGUCUGUUACAUUGUAUUUGGGCUGGAAAAAUCUAUUGAGUUAGGCGUGCAAAAUAGAUUGAAUUCGUAUUAAUUCUGAAAAGACAGAUGGGUAAAAAAUGCCUCGGGGUGCUUUGAAAUAUAUAAUUUAAAAAAAGGUCUCAAAGCUAACAAUAUUUAAAUGUAAAAUUGCACUUUAAAAAAAAUACACGAAUACAAUUACUGUAAUGCUAAUUGUUUCUAAUUUUAAUUGGUACAUUAACUCUUGAGAUGCUUCCAGAGUGUAAGAGUUAUCAGCUCACUGGACUUGCAAUCCAGAGGUCGCCGGUCCUAUUCGAUCUCCUGGCAAGCCUCUCCAUAGUCUCCCCCAUACAGCAGUAUAAAUGGGCCACCACACUCGAUUGGCAGGCUGCCUUUGGCGGGGUUAAGUGUGGGUAUUCUCACCGCUUCCAAAUUGUCUGUGGUAUGGAAGAGUAGGCCAAAUACAGCCUAGCGGGGCUCUAUAACGCCCUCUAGUGGAGGCCCUUGUGCUAGUUUUGAUAUGAGUAAGCAAUUGCAGGGCAGCACCUUUACCCAUAUUAAAACUAAACAAAACUUUUGAUUUUACCAAGUAAGGUCCAUAUUGACUGUAAAAGUCGUAUCUUUUUUUUUCCAGCCCUGUACGAACAAAAUAAUCGGAUCUUCCACACGGAGGCACCUCAGAUGUAUAAUUUAAAGAUUGUUGAAUGUAGGAAGGUCACUUGAUUUGAGGUCUUCAUCGUGGAAGCUUGCAGAGAAUGUACACGCAACAUUGUGUCAGGAGUUAGAAUAAUGUUAAGGAAUGCUUAGUUAUGAUUUUUAGGAAACCCAAUUUUGAGUUUUUUUAUAUGUAUAUGAAAAAAAAAUCUGUGACCCCCCACCCCCUACCAACUUUGUUGCCCAUGUUUUAUUUUGUAUUCUUUUUUAAUUAUUACAGGGUACUUGAGCUGAUGCUGGUCGAUUCUUUCUGUGCAAGAUGUAGUUAAAAGUUCACAAUAAAAAAAAUUUGCUUUGUUGUUCGACUAAACAAUUUGAUGUUGCAGUAUUUGCUUUAGACAUUUUUUUUUAGACGGGUAGAGGCCCGUGGCCUAAUAAUUCUAUAGUCCUAUGUCUGAUAUUUUUUUUUUAACUAGAGUUUCACGCUAACUCAAAACACAAUGUCUGCAUUCCCAUGUGUGCUCCAAAGUCUUUUUGGCGCACCGCUUGCCAUCGUCGUAAAGAUCGGCGCCUUUUAUUCUUCCAGCUGCCAGGGACGGGGAGACACAUGUGACCUCACGUGGUCCAGGGGUGUGACUUGCCUGUUGAACAACCACAUGCUCUGGCAGACACGAAAGCUCCCGAGGAUGGCGUGCGCGCACGCGCACAAGCUCCAGACGGUGUGUUUUUCAUCUUGUCAGGAAGGUUUUUAGAAAACGGUUUAAAAAAAAAAAUGUUUUGCUUAAAGAAACAAGUGAAACGUGUGUUCGAUUUCUUCAAAUGUUUGGAAUGGUGAUGAUUAAAGAGAGCGAUAAGUGAUUGGCUUAGUCGGCUUUGUCAAGGCAUAGUAUAAGCAGCAGGUACUUUGGUUUGGUAAAGUGCAUUCUAAAUAAUAAAUAGAUUGGUUUGUGUUUUUUUAACAACACGGAGGAGGAGGAGGAGGGGAGGGAGUUACCGACUUCCGUUUUAGAAAAAAAAAAACUGCAAACGUUCUUAAAGAAGUAUCCUUUAAAGCAAUAUAUACCUUGUUAGCUCAUUGCCAACAAUACAGACUUUACACUGGUACCAGGUGACGUUUGCGUUGGGUCUCGGGACUUAAGCGUUCCGACGAUAUACAAAUGUACAUGGGCUCCGGGUGUGAAGGGGCUGCCGUGUGUGAUGGCACAUGGGGGGGGUGGUGGGAAGGGGGGGGACGGCGGCAGUUGUUUGUUACUUUUGUAAAGCCACUUUUAUCCCACACAAAAUAAAAACGCCACCCAAAUUGUAUAAAGAAAAAAAAACAUUUUAAAAUAACCCAUUUAGGGAAUGGAAUCAAAAGCCAAUGCAGAGUGUUAUUUCCUAUUUUUGUCCAACAUUUUUGUAAAUAUGUAAAGAAAAAAAGACAUUUGUUGAUUAUUUAUGAUGUACAAUAUAACCCAUAUGUUCAUUACUUUUGGUUGGUUUGCCACCGGGGUCCUAGUCAGUGCAUUUUUCUGUUUUUUUCUUUUAUGCACUUUGCUCUGAAACAGCCAUGUGUGUGUGCUUUUAGUUACCAUGUUUUAUGAACUCGUGCUGUGUACAAAUGGACAGAGGGUGUACCGUUUGCAAAGUGUAAUCCCCCCUCCCCCGCAGGGCUGCUGAUUAAUGAAUUGGUGUUCAAGUAAUUAUUUUGCAGCCGCAUUUUAGCUGUUUGCUUCGUUUCACAAAAUUUAAAUAAGUCUAUUCUAAAUAUGUUCAAAUAACCUGUAAUUAUUCCAUGUUCAAUUUCGUGUAUUCCAGGUGUCCUCUUUCAGUAUAUUACAGUAUUCACUUUGCUUUAAAAUGCGUUUGUCUUGCAAGUGUAUGUACGCGUGCAUACACACUUAUAUAAAACUAUAUAACUUAUGAGCGUUUAAAUGAUAUGGCCAGUAUUUACAGUCUUAAUCUGUGAGCCCCCCUCCACCCCAUCUAGCGGGUCUGAGCUGUGUGUCCCGCAGUGGUUUUGAGUAGACGGCAGAAGAAAAACACCUCAUGUCUUCUUGUAACCAGGCGCAUUGAACUCACGGGUAUUGCAUUCGUGUUCUGGGCCUUUUGCUCCCGUAGUCGUUUCGUUUCGCUAAAAUCAUGAAGCACAAGGUGUGGUGGUGGUGGUGGUGGUGGUGGAGGAGGAAGCGCGGCGGUAGUUGGCAGUGAAGGGUCUGAAUUGGUGCGCAAAAUCCCCUGCAGUGCGACCAAGCCGUGUUGAAUGUGGCCUUAAGGAUAAAUGAGCGUUGGGUAGGGGGGGGGAUGAGCGGGGCGGGGAAAUGUUCCAAAACGGCUCCCGUGUGGCACAGCCGCAGAUAUGCAGGCAACAGACCCGGCGCUGCCUGAAUUUCAUUUUAGCCUAUUAAUCGUGACGUCUCGUCGUGUGUGAUAUCCUAAACUUUAGGACGCGGACGUGUUUUGAUCAGUAGUGUAUUUAAACUGCGUAAUUGAAAUGGCGGUGUAGUUCAACUCUGGCGUUUUUAAACAUCGGUCGAUGGUCACCUAUUCAGGCCAGAAAUAAUACCGGGUUACUUGUUGGUCUUCAUCGUGCACAGGUAAAUUUGGCAUUUUUACCAAGAUAAUGUUUCCACCAUCAGGCCUUGAAACACAUGCCCAUCUGAGCAUCAGAACAUGCGUUUCUGAGAGUCCAAUUGUAAAAAAAUAUAUUGCCCCUAACGACCUUUCGUUAAAAUUACCUUAUUUUGCGUAGUGGAGGCGCAUACAUUGUUCUAUGUUUGUGCUCGUGUUGUGCAGACCCUAAUAUAAGAGGAAAAUGAAAAGCCCCCGGACUUUGGCUCCGUUGUCUAAAAACGUGUGUGCGAUGUGCGUUCACCGUUGCUUUGAUUCUUAUUGGCGCGUUUUGUUUUGAAGAGACGGCGAUUGGGUCAAGGGAAGCGUGCACACCAAAGCAAUGCUUCGCUUGCCAAAUUGGGUUAAAUUCGUGGCAGUCUGCAGAUGCAGUCGGGUGAUUGCCAGGUUGCGUCUUCAUUGUCAGCAUGACGAGUGACACUUUGGUUUGACUCGCUGCUUCUGCGAUUUGUGUUUUUCCCUUUUUUUCUAGCCUGUACUAAAAGCUUUACAAGGCUCUAAUGCUCUCUCAAUGCAAAAUCUUUCAUUUAAUUAAUGUGUUUCACUGAAUAUGGGUUAAUUGUUGUUAAUAAAGCUAACCAACUGGUAAAA